AUGGAUCCCAAUGAAAUGCCUGCUGUGCCCUGCGCCCCCCCCGACUCCACCACUGGACUUGAGACCGGAGCCCCAUGGGGGAUUGAACUUGGCCCCAGAAGAGCUAUACGUCGCUGUGCCCGCUGCCACAACCACGGCAUCACUGACGAAAUCAAGGACCAGGAGCACGUCUGCCUCUUCGAGGCCUGCAAGUGUCACAAGUGUGCCCUCUUCUCGGAACACUGCAGCAUCUUGCCUGCUGAGAGUGCCUUGAAGUCGGAGCGGGGGCCACGCCGAAAGAGGCACCUGACUGAAGGACGGAUAAGGAGUGGGACCACCUCUCGCAAAGCUCACAGCCACGUCAACAAGUUGGCCAUUGAAGCAGGAGUCCACAGCAAGCUCCCAAGGAGCUCUGCUGAUCGGUCUGGUCUCGGAAUCUUUGUCUCUGUCCUGGACUCCAGCACCCUUGAAGAAGCAACUAACAAUUUCUCUUUCCAGGGAGUCACACAGACCCCCUGCCCUGCCCAGCAGGUACUGUUUGCAGAGAGCUCCCUUGAAGUCAGUGGAGCAGAGUCUCAUAGUUCUGGGUGA